AUGUUGGCCAUAAGUAAAUUAAGAAGUAUUGCGAUCAAAGCAGUUCAACAAGCUUGUAUUGCUUGUGUUGAGAUUCAGAGUCAUCUCGUCAAUGAAGAGACAAUCAAUAAAAAAGACAAGUCGCCCGUUACCGUUGGUGAUUACACCGUUCAGGCAUUGGUGAUCGAGAGUCUACUCAGUAGUACACAAGCACUCGGUGAAUCGGAAUACUCUAUUGUCGCAGAGGAAGAUGCCGAUACUCUGGCUGAGCAACCAGACGUUCAGAACAAAGUACUGGAGUACUUCAAUCGCUACAACGCGAGCAAGCCAAUCGAUGCCAGUCGUCUCUCAGAGCUGUUGGAUAAAGGUAAGAUAAAGAAUCCGACAACCAAACGUUGGUGGACACUCGAUCCAAUCGAUGGAACUCUCGGAUUUUUGCGUCGUGACCAAUACGCUGUGGCGUUGGCGUUGAUGGAAGAUAACAAACCGAUUCUCGGUAUUCUCGGAUGUCCUUCGCUUCCCAUUGCUUCAAACACACCCAACGACAAAGGAUGUAUCUUGAUCGCUCAGAAAGGUGCAGGUUCUUUCAUCAGACACAUUGAGCGUGACGACGAACAACCCAUUCAUGUCUCAACCCAGAGCGAUUCCAGUCAAGCGAUCUUCACAGAGAGCUAUGUAUCACGUGGAUUCGGACAUGAAUUAAACUCAAAGAUUUCAAAGAAUCUAGGUGUAACAAGAGAUCCAUUAAGAAUCGAUAGUCAAUGUAAAUAUGCUAUGGUAGCAAGAGGUGACAGUGAUAUCUAUUUAAGAUUAACUGAAUUGGCAUACAAGGAAUGUAUUUGGGAUCAUGCAGCGGGUCAUAUCAUCGUUGAGGAAGCAGGUGGUCAAGUAUUUGAUUUCCAAGGUAAACCACUUGAUUACUCCGUUGGAAGAAAGUUAGACAAUAACAUUGGUAUUGUUUGCUCAAAUUCUAACCUCUAUCCAGCAUUGAAAGAAUCUAUUAAGAAAUCAAUCGACUUCAAACCACACCACUAUACUUUCACACUCAUCUUUGAAUAA